AGGUACGUGGUUGUACUGAAUGGAAGAAAAACCAUACACGAAGCGUUAGUGAAGCAUUCGCUCAACUUUUCAAGCCGACCAUUGUUAUACUUGGAUGGCAUUGUAAAUCCUAAUCGAAUAUUGAAAUACCCGUACGAUGACCAUUUCAAAACGCACCACAAAAUUAGUCUCAACAUUUUGAAACAUUUUGGGUUCAGACAAGGAAUCAUGGAAUCGAGAAUCAAAAUUGAGGUAGAAGAUUUAGUGGAAAGAAUUAAAAAUAAAAAUGGCCAAGCGUUUAAUCCGUCGUUUGAAAUAACUGCUGCAGUUUCAAAUGUGAUAUGCAGCAUAAUUUUUGGAAAGGGCUGGUCUAAAGAUGACCCUGAAUUUCAUAAAGGACUCAAAAUUCUUCAUUCAAUGAUUUCCGGAUCCGAUGACGUCUUAAUUAUUAACUUUUUCCCAGUUUUCAGGUAUCUCAAUUAUUAUAAGAAAUUCGUAAACCACGAAAAAGAACUAUUUAAUAAUUGGGAUUGUUACAUCGAGAAAGUUAUUUACAGAGUUUUGAACAAUAAAAAAUUUGAAAACUUUUGCACCAUGUAUUUAGAGGAGACCAAUAACUCCAAUAAGGAUAUAUUUGAGAAAGACCAGUUCACAAACACGAUACGAGACCUUUUCAUAGCAGGAACGGAAACAACGGCCACAACGCUUCUGUGGCUGAUCCUCAUUAUGGCCAACAAUCCAGAUGUUCAGAAGAAAGUUCAAGAAGAGAUGGACAGAGUGGUUGGUUCAAAAAGACUUUCAUCACUUGAAGACAAGCCAAAUCUUCCUAUAACUGAAGCAUUCAUAUUGGAGUUGAUGAGGUUCAAGACGUUGGUACCCUUGGCUCUUCCUCACUGGACUAUCAAAGAAACCGUGAUAGAUGGGCUCUUGAUUCCUAAAAAUGUCAUGGUGUUGCCUAAUAUAUACAGCGCUCACAUGAGUCCGACAGACUGGGAGGAGCCUGAGAAAUUUAAAAUUGAAAGAUUUUUGAACGAAGAUGAAACGCAAGUUAUCAAAAGAGAUGCAAUUAUUCCAUUUUUUCUGGGUGGAAAACGAGCAUGCUUAGGGGAAAUUCUCGCAAAGCAAGAAAUAUUUUUAUUUGCCGUGACCCUCUUGCAAAAGUUUAAAAUGUUACCGAAGGAAGAUGAAGUAAGGGGAAUCACCACAUCACCGUCUCCAUUCGAAGCCAGACUGGUUUAUAGGGAUUGA